CAGCUGCCGCAGACCAGAGUUCAGCAGCUCAGCGGAUCUUUACUCUCCGCUGCCGCACAGCCUGCCCGCUGCCCUGACUUUAAACCCGCUUCGUUCCUUCCCGGAGUGUUUUUACUUUUUAUUUCUUCACCUAACACCCCCCCCCACCCCCCGACCCCCGCCUCCUCCGGACCCCUUUGGAUUUUACGCAGUUAUUAACCCACCCCGGACCCCCAGCGCCUUCUGCCCUGGACGCUCCGUACGGCCAUGGCGCGUUUGUUCCUGUGGUGUCUCCUGCUGCUUGUAUCAGCACAGAGGACUCUCUGCUCCGGAGUCUUCGAGCUGAAGAUCGACUCCUUCACCAGCUCCCGCGGCGUCUGUCGCUACCAGUCCCGGGACUGCCAGGUCUUUUUCCGCGUGUGCCUGAAGCACUCGCAGGACGUCAUCAGCCCGGAGCCGCCGUGCACGUAUGGCACCGCUCUCACCGCGAUCCUCGACGCAGACUCCAACUCCAUUUCCGAGAGCGCGCCCAUCAGGGUGCCGUUUCAUUUCAAGUGGCCGGGAACUUUCUCUCUGAUCAUCGAAGCCUGGAACGCGGAGUCUUCAGAGCUGGAGUCCACAGAGAACCAGAACAACCUCAUCAGCCGGCUGGCCACCCGGCGCAGGCUGACCGUUGGAGAGGAAUGGUCCCAGGACGUGCACUUUGGCAACCAGAGCGAGCUCCGAUACUCCUACCACGUGGUGUGCAAUGAGUACUACCACGGUGAGGCCUGCUCCGCCUACUGCCGACCCCGGAACGACACCUUCGGCCACUACACCUGCGACGACAAGGGGAACCGCCACUGCCUGAAGGGCUGGAGCGGCGAAUACUGCUCUGACCCCAUCUGUGCCACAGGGUGCAGUAAGAACGGUUUCUGCGAGUCUCCCGGGGAGUGCGUGUGCCGGCAGGGCUGGCAGGGCGAGCGCUGCGACGAGUGCGCCCGGCACCCGGGCUGCCUCCACGGGACCUGCCAGCAGCCCUGGCAGUGCACCUGCAAGGAAGGAUGGGGGGGCCUGUACUGCGACCAAGACCUGAACUACUGCACCAACCACAAGCCGUGCCAGAACGGCGCCUCGUGCACCAACACCGGCCAGGGUAGCUACACCUGCACCUGCCGACCCGGGUUCACCGGUAAGAACUGCGAGGUCGAGACCAACGACUGCGACAGCAACCCCUGCACGAAUGGCGGCAGCUGCAAAGAUUUGGUGAACGACUAUUUGUGUGCGUGCCCGCAGGGCUUCUACGGGAAGAACUGCGAGAUCAGCGCCAUGACGUGCGCAGAGGGGCCGUGUUUCAACAGCGGGACCUGCGUGGAGAACGGCGCUGGAGGCUACAGCUGCCACUGCCCGCCCGACUACACGGGCUCCAACUGCGAGAAGAGGAUCGACAAAUGCAGCAGCAACCCCUGUGCUAAUGGUGCUCAGUGUUUGGACCUUGGCGACCGCUUCAUGUGCCGCUGUCGACCGGGCUUCACCGGAUCUCACUGCGAGACCAACAUCGAUGACUGCGCAGGAAACCCUUGCCGCAACGCCGGCACCUGCAUCGACGGCGUCAAUGACUUCACCUGCACGUGCACACUGGGCUUCACCAGUAAGGACUGCUCCGUGCGCACCAGCCCCUGCGACCAGUUCCCCUGCGACAACGGCGGCACAUGUUACACCCACUUCACCGGCCCGGUGUGUCAGUGUCCGCUGGGCUUCAUGGGCGCACGGUGCGAGUUCUCUGUGAGGACCAGCACGCCGACCGCGAGACCGCCCGGGAACGGCGACUCCCCUCCGGCGCUCAUUGCCGCCGUCGCCCUGGGCCUGGUGACGCUGACUCUGCUGGUGUGCGCCGCCAUCCACAUUCUGCGCCAGCUCCGCCGGGCCAGGGCGCUGACCGCCAUUUCCAUGUCGGUGAAGAACGACCUGGAGGCUGUGAACAACCGCAACGCUGUGAUCGGUGGAGGCGGGCCCAAUAACGGGGGCUUACCGGGAGCACCGCUGUGCAGCUUGAGGGAGAAGGAGGCCUUCCUCAUCCCUGGAGGACAACUCAAAGUGUCCAAUAAGGAUGCAGCGCUGGUGGAGAACGGCAACGACAACGUGGGCAUUUUCAAAAACAAAAUGGCGGACCGAAACCUGGCGAAAGAGGAGCAGCACCUGAACAAGAACAAGUUUGACCUGAAGAAGUGUGAGCCGUCCAUCAUCGUCUCCCCUCUCACCUUUGCGAAGGACAGUCUGUGUCGCCCAGUCUUCAUCAUUCCAGAGCAGAUGGAGCAGUGUGUGUUUGCUACUGAGGUAUAACCUUCGGUUUCAAACCACAGACGGAGGAACUUUUAUGCUGAAGGCCUGAAGCACGUCCUGUCCAGGACAGUUCACCCAGAGGGUCGAUCGUACACACAUUAUUUUAUUUAAUAUUUAUUGCAGCUGCUCAGUGGAAAGGAACAAAAAGAAAAGACUUGUUUUUUUUAUUAUAUUCUGCUUUGAUACGGAAAGUGUUCAGAUGACAAUGUUUUGGAAAAGAACGAAAGAAAGAGCAGUGGAGGUGGAGAGAAAAGAGGAAAGACUGAAUGUCUGGCGUCAUUUGCACUAUUUAUCUUUUUUAUACUUUAAAUAUUAAUAUAAUUUUCCUGUCUGUAUAUUUGAAUUUUCUUCGGAUCAAACGUGAAUAAGAGAUGCGAAGAGUUGAACCUGUCCACCGCUCAGAAAGACUGGUGCCUUAGCUAUGCUUCCUGUUCAUCAGGGCGUCCAUUUCCUGUACAAUUUCACAAUAAGACGUCAAUCAAAUCGCCAAAGGACCUGCUUACAGGAACGGAGGACAUAAAGAGAAAGACUCUGGACUUUUCCACCAGUCGUUUCUGUCUGAAAGCUGAACUGGACACUUUCUAUCAUCACUCCGUCCAUUUGAUUUUCUUUCCUGUUGGAAGUGAAGCAUCACAUUGUGUCCUGUUAGGGGACGAGGGACACCAGCCUUACAAUCACCGUCCAAGCUACGAACUUUUAAGUGCCUCUUCUUAUAAAAACAAACAAACAGGAAAAGGAACACGCCUUAAAGCCAAAAUUCAGAACAAGUAGAAUUUAUUUCCUCUUCUAACGUGUGAGGGUUUUUAUUUGUAUCUCAUAUUCAAACUCUUUCUUUACAAGCCAAGAAAACCCGCCUGGAAUCGGCCCCGCAAACUGCCAACAUUUAAAUCUGUGCUUUUCCAGUCCCUGAAAGUCAAACCUGUCCAGCCGAGCUGGAUUCAUCCUACAAAUCAGUGCCGAGGUUUGUCUUUCUGUGACUGUACCUGUUUUUAGAAAUGUAUUUUUAAGUGAAUCAAAAAGCAGAAAGCCUGCUGCCUUAGGUAAACGGCAGCAUCCCAGAGACUGCUCACAGUCGUUUUUCUGAAAGGCCUCCAAAGAGAAGGUUCUUUAUUCUGGCUUUUUUUUUUUUUUUUAACCUAAUCCAUUUGAUACCAAAAAUAUGUGUUUUCCUGUGUAGUCUUGUCUUUGUACUGUCUUCAUUAAUUUAAGAAAACAAUGCAAUGUGUACAUAUCCUCCAGGAGAUAGUUUUCCUAUUUAAUUUUGCCCUUUGUAAAUAAUUUUGUAUUUAUGGAAGAGAAUUGUAUAUACGUCUAUGUUAACGUGCCUGACGUCUCCGCUCAGAAUCAAGAAAUAUAUUUUUUCAUAAAUAAAUUAGAAAAUAACCUGAA